GCAGCAGUUUGUAAGACUCCACUCUUUGUUAUAUUUUACUUUCCUCCUCACCUCACACCUCUUCAGUUUGAAAUCUUCUCCAGCAGUGUGACAGCUUUUUUUCCCAUCCUGAUGGCUCUGCUGUUGCCUUUUUUCAUUAUGCUUAAAGUACUCAGUUAUGUCCGUGGCUAUCCCACCGGUGCUCCCACCGGUGCCUGUGAGGAUAUGAUGCCUCGUCACUCUGGGGUGCAGCCUCAGCCUUUUCCAGUACCGUAUGCCAUCCUCACAAACACCAGGACGUUUCAGCCAGGACAGCCCAUUACAGGUGAGGAAUCCUCGAGUACUCAAAAUGUAUAGAUUUAUUCAUUUGAGUGUAAAUUCAGUACACACUUUUGCUUUUGUAUUUUACACAAAUGCAACAAUCUGCAGCUGAAAACGGGAGCCAAAAAAGUGUCCUCUGUCAUGUGAGCUUCUCUUUCCUGCUGGGUCCAGAUGUUAAAGCCUGUGUUAUGCAACCCACUGAGAAUUAUUUGGUCUAAAAGAGGUCUAGUAGAUGUCUAAAUGUAGCCUAAAUGCCCGGUCUAAAAUCAGGCUACCAAAGGUCUAAAAAUGAAAGUUUUUUAGACAUCUAAAUUUAGACCAAGUUUAGACCCUAUCUAAAUCUGGGCUAUAUCUAAAUCAGUACUUGGAGAUCAGUUAUGCAACUCAGUUGCUUUUUGAAAUAAAUAGUUAUUGAAUAAUGGGUUAAAGUGCAACGUCUAAAUUCCAUCUGAAAAUAUACAAAAUCUAGACGGUUGAAAUUAGGUCUUAAAAAAAAAACUAGACGUCUAAUAGCGUUUAUUGGUCAUUGGGAAGUCAGUAACUCCUAUAAAUAGAGGUUUUCAUCCUGGGUGAACUAAGAGAACACUGUACUUCUUAGACUCUGUAGACUGGGGUCAAAUUAGUUAUAAUAUCUGCAGAUCAAUUUAACAACCAUACUACUUUCUGAUUAAUCUGUUUCAUAUGAUAUAUAAGUCAAGGUUGUUUUCGGCAGUUUAUUUCAAUGAUUUCACUGCAGUGUUUAUUUCUUGAAUCUGAUUGAUCAUUUCAUAAAGUCUGUUAUACCUCAACUGAAGGCUGUUGCUACCAAGAACAUACUGUGACCAGGGAUGCAGACAAUUUGCCUUAACAACCCAUUCACAUUAUUCCUGCUGUGAUUAAUAGUUUAUGCCUGAUGCUUUUUAGUAUGGGGCAACUUUUUUUUUUUACAAUUACAACCCCGCAAAUAUUGUUGAUUUUGGUCUCAUUACUAAAGCCUCUGUGAGAAACUUUUGAUCUGUGUUGAUUUUGGCGCCCCCUGUGGACAGAGAUACCUUUUAUCUCUCAAUCUGUACAAGUAGUCUUUUAAGACAAAAACUUCAUCCUGUUGUCUUUUACCAGUGAAAUGUAACUCUCAGUGUGACUAUUUGCCAGAGUAAAAGUAGAAAUAAAGCUGCUUCUUCAGCCUGCUGUCAAUAAACAUGGAGAUAAUAACUGUUAUGUCGCAUAUUCUUGCAGUGACAGUUAGAGGACCAGAUUAUAGAGGUGUGCUCCUAGAAGCUCGGACAUUUGGCAGCACUAACGCUCUUGGUAGCUGGAUGCUUCCUCCUCCAGACACAAAGUUUCUUCAGGUGAGUCACAGGUGUUUCCUUUUCCAGUUUUCUUACAGGACCUAAACUCUAAAUCCAAAACAGAUAACUGCACACAUUGUACUGCUUAAUUUACUUGUUGUUUCAGAAUGAGUGUAUCAAAUCGCUUUGUUCAUUUUUAAGUAGUUUCUUUAUGUUGUAUGUUCACAGUGCUCAGGGAAUCCACAAGCCGCUGUCACUCAUUCUAACACCAAUCUGAAGGGUAACAGCACCGUGUACAGCUGGAUGCCGCCUGACGCUGAGAGCCCAAUCUACUUCAUGUAAAGCAAAAUACUCCAUUUCCUUAUCGGUCAAAGACGCACUUGACAACAGCUCGUUUGUUUUUAUGACUGUUUCCUAUGAUAACAUUUUUGAUGUGACAGGAAACAGCCCGGUCUUUGCUCUGAUUUGAGAAACUAUGAAUUUCUUUUCAAGCCUGAUCAUCUCUUUAAUCAAACAGCAUGUGUAUGUAAUCAUAAAUCAUCUUUACAUAUUUGCUUUUUCAGGGCCACAGUGGCUCAGCAGCGAACAGUCUACUGGAUUGGUGUGAGAUCCAGCACUCUGACCAGAGGUAAACAUACAUACAGCAGGGUCACACAUGGAAAUUAUAUGUAAUGAUAGAGCCUCAUGUGGUGAUUUAUGUUUUCCUUUCAGGACAACACACAAGGGUCAUUCGGCUGAACACAGGUGGAAGUGCUGGGAUGGCUGAAGGAAAACCUCUGCUUGUCCUUGUAACAUGCUUUCUAAUGUUUCAGGUAGUAGGAUAAAAAUGAAGUAUUUCCCGUGAUGUGUCGGGCUCUGACUUCUGCCAUUUAUCUGAAAGACCAAAAGUGCUUAUUCUGUCUUUCUUUUGUUUAUUUUUUUUCUCACAGAUUUGAGAAAUUAUUAAAAGCAUUUCAGCAUGUCUACAA